AUGUUCACGACAACGGCAGCGUCGACCCUCGAUUUCCCUUGCUAUGCUGCUACCCCACGCGAGUAUCACCAUCGCCACCUCCUUUCCCCCACAAUGGAGUCCAGCUUAAUCCGGAGACCCGCGGUCAAUAUCCUCGCUGGUCGACACCAAUGUCUUCUUCAAUUCAGUACCUCGUUUCGGCGUCAUGAACAGUCCUACCGGCGCACACAGCAUAGACUAAAUAUCCGUCCAGACUCGUCCUUUCUCCAAUCCCAAGACUCACCAAAGCAAGCCCAUAUUAUAUUCAAUCCUCCAUCUUCUGCUCCAUCAGUAUUUCACACGCCACUCAAGUUCUUACCAAAGGGGGACAAACGUCGAGCAGCUCAGGUCGCCUUGGAGGCAAAGAUCAAUCCAACUCCAAAAUAUCUACCGCCGCCCGUCUUUAAAAAACCUUCAGUUCCAGUUCACCACUUGACCGACGCAGAUAUUCAGGAGAUCCAGCGGCUGAGGAGGGAGGAGGGUGUAGAGAAAUGGACUACGCACAGGCUGGCCAGAAAAUUCAAUUGCUCGCAGCUGUUCGUGAUGAUCUGUUUGAGGCAAUGUGGCGGGGAGCCUCCUGACCCGAAUUACAAGAACGCAGAACAAUUGAAGAUGGAGGCUAUUGAGAAGAGGUGGGGACCGAGGCGCAGGAUGGCGCAUGAAGAUAGGCUGAAGAGAAUGCAAAUGGCAUUGAGAGGCGACUAG